UCUAUCAUCGCUGUCCUCCUGGUCGCCGCCGCCGUUCAGGCAUUUCCAUCUAUCAACACGCGACAGAGUAUUACGGCUCUGACAACGACACAGAUCGACCAAUUUACCCCUUACACCUAUUACGCUAGCGCAGGGUACUGUACGAACACCCAGACACUCGCAUGGGACUGUGGCACUAACUGUGACGCCAAUCCGGGAUUCAAACCGGUUGCCUCCGGAGGUAACGGUGACUCAGUGCAGUACUGGUUCGUCGGAUAUGACCCAACUUUGGAUACCGUGAUUGUCUCUCACCAGGGCACGGACCCCUCGGAAAUUCUACCUCUCAUCACCGAUGCCGACUUCUUUUUGACCAACCUGGAUUCGACAUUGUUCCCAGGUAUCAGCUCGGAUAUUGAAGUCCACAACGGCUUCGGGGACGCUCAGGCCAGUACUGCCACUGAUGUCCUUGCCGCCGUCGAAUCCACCAUGUCCACCUACAGCACCACGUCGGUCACCUUGGUUGGUCAUUCUCUUGGUGCUGCGAUCACCUUACUUGAUUCUGUAUAUCUUCCCCUCUGGCUUCCUGCGGGAACGACUUUCACCACCAUUGGUUAUGGCCUUCCUCGUGUUGGGAAUCAAGCAUUUGCUAAUUAUGUCGACGCAAACCUCUAUCUCACACACAUUAAUAAUGAAGAAGACCCAAUACCCAUCUGCCCCGGUAUGUUCUUGGACUUUGUGCACCCCGCAGGUGAGGUGCACAUUGAGGACUCCGGUGAAUGGGCUGCCUGCCCCGGGCAAGACAACCCGAGCACUCAGUGCAUUGUUGGCGAUGUCCCUGAGAUCUGGGAUGGUGACGAAUCUGACCACGAUGGGCCAUAUAAUGGUGUUGAGAUGGGAUGCUGA